AUGCAAAAAUCAUCCUUUACUCAGAAAUCAAAUCUGGUAGUGACCGGAUAUGAUCAUGAGAAAUACGCGCAGAUAAGUAUUAAGCAGAUCCGUUGGUUACUGAAGUCACUUGGCAUUUGGCCCAAUUCACUCAAAUCCUCUUCUUCGAUAAAGAAAUAUGUGCGCGUAUUAAUGAACAUGAUUUAUCUCGGUAUAAUGGCUUUUCUCUUCAUUCCGUGCGUCUUCUAUGUCGUGCUCGAAGUCCAAGAUACAUACAAUACCUUAAAGUUCGCCGGACCAUUAUCCUUUGGCCUAAUGGUUAUCAUGAAAUACUGCUCGCUAGCCCUUCAUGGGAGAGAUAUUUGUGUAUGUAUCGAGCAUAUCAAAAUCGAUUGGAGGAAUACGUGGUAUCACGACGAUCGCGCGAUUAUGACUAAAAACGCAAAAUUCAGCCGUUGUCUUGUAAUGAUCAACGCGUUCUUAACGUACAGCGGUGCCAUAUUCUAUCUUAUCGCCAUGCCGAUUGGCAUGGGCAAGAUUACAGACAAAAAUAGUAAUCUGACGUACCAGCCACUGGUGUAUCCGGUCGCUAGGAUUAUCGUUGAUACGCGUCACAGUCCAAUUAAUGAGAUUUUCUUUUGGACUCAAUUCGCAUCAGGUAUCAUUUCGCAAACCGUCGCGGCCGCUGCUUGUAGUUUGACUGCCGUUUUGGCAGUACACGCUUACAGUCGUCUGGAAGUUCUCAUGCAAUGGAUUGUGCAUUUAGUGGACGGGAGAGAGGACUUUUCUAAUAAUGUGGACGAUAGGCUGGCCAUAAUUAUGCAAGAACAUGUGCGAAUUUUGUAUUUUAUAAAAUUAACAGAAAAAGUAUUGCACCAGAUAUCUCUUGUGGAAGUUGUAGGAUGUACAUUUAACAUAUGUUUCCUUGGAUAUUACACAAUUAUGGAAUGGGAAGGCGGCUUUGCAAUAACAUAUAUUAUUCUGCUUAUGAAUUUCGUCUUCAAUCUUUUCGUAUUUUGUUAUAUAGGUGAACUUGUUGCCGAGCAGUGCAAGAGUGUUAGUGAAACAUCAUACAUGAUCAAUUGGCAUCGUCUACCAGGAAGGAAAGCUCUGGCUAUUGUACUAAUGAUUGCGAUGUCCAAUUCAUCAAUUAAACUUACUGCUGGGAAUAUCAUUGAGUUAUCUAUGAGCAGUUUCGGUGAUGUGAUGAAGACAUCAGUUGCCUAUUUAAAUAUGUUGCGUACACUAACUACUUAA